GUGGCCGAAGCGAGCGGAGGUUAGCGUUUAGGCCUGGUGUCUUCUGUCAUUCGAUCUUGCCGAGAAAGUAUGAUUGAUAUCAAGUUUUGAUUUACGUCCUAAAAUCUUUAAAAGGAAGUUAGUUGGCGUCAUCUUUCGAUUUUGUGGUCCUUCAAAUUUGGGUUUGAGCUAACAUCAGUGAAGCAGAGAACUGCGCUGGCCGUAUGCCAGUAAAAAUUGUUUGAAUAAAGUUUCAGACAACUUACACUGUGAGAUAAAAACUAGGUUAAAUAUCACGCUCGCCGUCAUGGUGUUUCCAACGAUGAGAAAAAUUAAGAAAUCCAAGAUGUUCUCUGGAAUCACCAAUUACCUAUGGGGCUCGCCCAACUCGAAGCCCCAGGAGUCGAUGGCGCCCUUUCCGAGCUGCCAGGCCCCUGACGAGAUCUUCGGCGACCUCAAGUCCAUGGAGGUCACUUCUGACCUGGAGGAAGGGCUGCAGACACCUCUGAGUCCUUCCGAUGUCGAAGAGGAUUGGGUCGUUCUUUCUGGCAAUGGUAGAGUCGUUGAAGCUCUACCGAAGUCUGCGCGCAAUGCUCCUAAGAAAUUGAAAUCUGAAAAUCACGUGGCGAGAAAAGAAUCAGAGGUUGUACACGAACUCGACAACAGAUUGGACGAUCUUCCUGAAACAGAGAAAAACUCGCUGCAAUACAAGUCUCCUCCUCAUCGAGAUUCAAAGAAGACUUGCACUCGGACGGAGGAUCCUGAGGAAAAAUUGCGCCAGAAGGAGAGAGAACACGAGCUGGCGAUGCUCCUCGAGGAACUCAAACCUGCACAAAAGGCGCACCAGAAGCAGGAACGAGAGAAGCUAUCACGCAAGGCUCUGCUCAAGACCAACCUGAUCCGAGAAGUCGCGGCCAGCGGCAGGUCUCGUUUACGACGCUCCGACCGCCUAACUCCGUCCACUAACUCCUGUGCAAACAAUAACCGCAAGUGCCAUAAUGUUUAGUGCUGCAAGAGUUGCUUGGAACUGUGUGCUGCCUCCUCUUAAGUGAAGGAAGGUCGCGUCGUCCACAGGGGAGAUGAAUAAUGAAGUAUGCAUAUAUACUGUCGUCUGUUUCGUCGAGAGAAAAGCGCGUGAAUCUCUCAGUUAUAAAAAUGCGUGAAUUAUUUGAGCAUUGAAAAUGCUUUGGAAAACUAUGUAUCUUUUCAAUCUCACUGAUAAAGUCUUCUAAAAACAUUGAGAAAUUAUAUUGAAUUUCACAUGUUCAACUCUAAAUAAUAUCAUAUUACUUAUGGGUUGUUUUCAACUAAGAGAAGCAUUUAAUUCUACAGUACGUUGAUGUUCUUUUAGCAAAAAACUUCAUGGAGGUGUUUUAUCUGAUUUAUCUUCAGCCCAUCAAGAGUAACAGAAUUGCACAAAUAUCACGAAUUUCUCGAGUUUCUCUUUUUUUUGGUCCACUGCAGUUGCGCUAAAACGAUAGUUUUAUCAAGACAUGAAACAGGAAUCUGAUAAUACAGUUUGUGAUAUCAAGUUUUCGUGGAGAGAUCGCCCAGAAAAUAUAUCAAGCUGCAAUUGAGUUAUGUUCUUAUAUUAAAGUCAGUUGUGUUCUACGAGUUUGUGCUUCAGUUAAAGUUGAUGUAUUUCAACUCAACACCUAGCAGCACAUUUACUAGUUUUUUAUUAACGAAAUUCGGCACAUAUUUGAAAUGAUCAAAACUUCAAACCUACCCAUUUACUUGAAAAAUGCUUUCAGCCUAAUUUCAAAUUGAUAUUAACGCAAAAAGAUCACGUUGCCGACUAUUAAUGAAGUAUUUUGUUAUCUUUUAGUUUGCGUAAGUGUUUCGCAUGUAGGGAAUUUGUUAAUAGAAUUUUUCUCUCGAAAUCCAGCUCGGUGGAGGGUUGAAGUACGCUGUGGACGAUGCAAGAGUUCGCAAUCACAUUUAGAUACGAAGAAAAUCAUGAAAAAGUUCAAAACAGGUUUAGCUUUAAGGGAAAAUGACCAAA